AUGGCCGUCAAACAAUAUUGGACCUCUCUUACGAAGGAAUAUCAAAAAAAGAUCAAGAUCAUCCAGGACUCUAACGAGCCUGCGGUCAACUUUCCUCUCAUCCUUCAACCCAUGCGCGAAGAACUCUCCAAGGAGGCCAUCCUCGAGCAAGCCCGCGCUCUCGGUGCUCAACCAUCCGACAAAAGUCUCAAAAGUCCAAUCCGGCAGCUGCUCGAUGCCAAUGGCGGUGCCAUUCACCUCAAGGGCCUGCCCUUGAAGACAGCUGAGGACUUCUCCGAGUUCAUGUUCGCCCUCGCUGGGUCCGGUCCUCACGCCUGGAAGCCGCAUGAGCAUAUGGGCAUGGAGGUACUCCGCCGUCCUCAGGCCAAGAAUGUCCUCACCGCUAAUGAAGGGCCACCCAGCCACUUCAUCGGCUGGCACAACGAGUACGCAGUAUCACCAGUGCACCCACAUUAUCUCGCUCUCUUCUGCAAGGUUGCCCCGGCCGCAGGCGGUGAGACCUCUGUCUGCAAUUCAAUUGCCCUGUACGACCGCCUGAAGAAGGAGGUCCCCGGCUUUGUUGAGGGUUGCGGCAAGAAGGGUGUUGUGUACCAAAUCCCACACAAUGCGGAACAGGUCGGCGGCAUCGUUGGAGGCAAUGGGCUGUACAAGGACUCAGCAUUCGGUCCCAAGGGGAACGAGAAGAUGCCUGAGACCGAAGAUGGCAAGCGAGCUAUGGUCGAGCGCAAGAUCGUUCAUCUGGCGCAGCAGGGUGGCUGGUACAAAGACAUCAACCAAGCGGAUGAAAGCCUGCCUGUCUGGCAGCGCCGCGGUUUCAACUGGACUUGGCAGGAUAAUGGCGACCUCGAGGUCGUUCACCGUGUUCCUGGCACUCGGCAACAUCCGACCUUGGACAAGCCUGCGAUAUUCAACUUUGCUGGUCUUGAAGAGGACGAAGUUAUUCCUCGAGAGUGGUUGCAGAAGAUGGACGAAUGGCAGCACGAGCUUGAGUCCAGUAUUGUCUGGGAUGAAGGUGACAUCCUGUUGGUUGACAACUUCGCUGCGCAGCACGCCCGUUGGGGUUGGGAGGGCGAACGCAAAGUCAUGGCUAGUUUCUGGGACCAACCUAGCAUGGCCGGCAAACCGAUCAUGGUCUGA